AAGAGCUCAUUCUCUCUCUUGGUUUCUCCAGUGAGAGAUAUAUAAUAGCAUUUUGGCGGAACAAGCAACGUCUGGAGAUCUCCAAACUACUUUUUUCCUGCCUCUCUCUCUUCUGCAGAUUACUGGUCACUGGGAUCGUACUGGGAUUACUGGAGCGUUUUUUUUUUUUUGCCCGCAACCCAACACAACCUUCUUCACUCUUCAAGCCCUCCCUUGCAAAUAUAAAAAAAAAAAUGAUGGAGGAGCUACCGGGGACCACACCUAGUCUCUCUGGGACUGGAGAUGUGGACUGUGACUUCUGCACUGGUCAGAAAUCCAAAGCGGCCAAAUCCUGCCUGACCUGCCUAGCUUCAUUCUGCGAGAUUCACGUCCAGCUUCACUUCGAGGGCGCAGUCUGGCAGCACCACGAGUUGGUGAACCCAGUGGGAGAUCUGCGCCAGAAGUUGUGCGCUAAACACCACAAAUGCCUGGAAGUGUUCUGCAGGACGGAUCGCGUGUGCAUCUGUUGUUUGUGCGCUGCCACUGACCAUAAAAAUCACGUUACAGUUGAACUAGAGCUGGAGCGGAGUGAGCAACAGAAGCGGCUUGACGAAUCACUAUUAGAAAUCAAAAAGGAGAUCGUGAAAAGACAGAAGGAGCUGGAGGCGAUGGAAUUUUCUAUAAAUCUUAUUAAGAAGUCAGCAGAGAGAGAUAUGAAGGAAUGUAAGGAUGCCUUCCAUGCCUUGCUCUGCUCCAUUGAGGAAGCCAACAGGAAAGUCAUGGAGCAGAUCAGGGAGCUAGAGAAGCAAGAACUGAGGAGAGCCAAAGAAGCCAUGAAACAACUGGAAAAGGAGAUAGAGGAGCUGAAGAGGAGAGAUGCUGAGCUGACUAAGCUUUCCGAGACAGAUGACCACAUCCACUUCCUCCAGGCUUGUUCAGUUUACCAAAUGCAGCCCAAAGACAAGGAUCCACUCCAUUUCAUUGCCUUUACAGACUUCUUUUCAACAAGCAUGGAAAAAGCCAUAUAUAAUGUGAAAGAGAGAAUCGAAAAAAUCUGCCAACAAGGAAGAGAACAAAAUCCUGUGCCGGCUUCCUUCAUGCAUCAGCCAUUUCCACAAACCAGAGAAGAGUUUUUAGAAUGUUCCUGCUCCCUUUCCUUGGACCCAAACACAGCAAACAAAUUCCUUUACCUUUCAGACGGGAACAGAAGGAUGACUCUGGUACACACUUCUCAGCCAUAUCCAGACCAUCCAGAGAGAUUCGACUGGUGGUCCCAAGUCCUCUGCACACAGGGUCUUUUUAGGUCCUGCUUUUACUGGGAGGUGCAAUGGACUGGAAAUAAGGCUGUCAUUGGAGUCACAUACAGAGGGAUUAACAGGAAAGAGAAAUGUGACACGUGUAUCCUUGGACAGAACGCCAAAUCCUGGAGUUUGAGAUGUUCUGAUUCUGGCUUCUCUGCCCAACACAAUAAGAAGGAAACUAAAAUCACUGCACAUCCUUGCCACAGAAUAGGAGUGUAUCUUGACUGCCUAGCUGGCUCUUUGUCCUUUUAUAGUGUCUCGGACACAAUGACCCACCUGUACAGCUUUAGAAACACUUUCAAAGAGCCACUGUAUCCUGGUUUCUGGGUUUAUUCCCAUAAAUCAAGUAUCACAAUCUGUCAGUUAAAGCAGAGUUCCCUGAGCUGAAUAUUGAUCAACACCAUGAUUGAGAAUAUUGUAAUAUGUCCCACAAGAACAACAUUUAUAUGACACUAUAGAGUGAAAAGCUUUGCUAUGGUGUGGCAAGCAAUAUUUAUAAAAUAACCCAUUAAAACAUUUAUUGAAAAAUAUAUACAUACAUAUAUAAAUAUAUUUUCAAAAGGUCUUAAUUAAUUUCAGGGAACACAUACCUAUUUUGGCAACAUUGGGUGCAAGGCAGGAAAUAAUACUGCAUGAGGCACCAGAAGUUAAUAAACAUAAACUCACUUAAUCUAAUUUGAGGGGUGUGUGUGUGUGUAUUACAGCAGCACUCUUCAGGUCAGGUCAGGUCAGGCUGGGGAGCAGGCAUUGGU